ACUUCCUGGAGACGGUUGCUACAACAGUUGAGCACUUGACAGCUUCCAAGCAGACGUCUUACUUGCUACGUAUCAGCGCAAAUUUGAACUGGAUCCCAGUAAAUAAAAGCUGGGACGGUUUCAGGACCAUGGCUCUCCCUUCCUACAGCCUCAGAGACCCAAACGGAAUGUACACUUUCUCAAGUCGGCCCAGACCCGUUGAGAUCCGCUCCAAAUACAGAGAACCUGCGCCCGAACAAACCCAGCGCCAGUAUGGAAACAUUAUGUAUGAUCGUCGGGUCGUCAGAGGAAAUACCUUCGCCCAGUACCCCAUUCCUAGACAGACUGAUCAGUCAGACCCUGCUAAACAGCAAGCAUUCAAGAGGAGAGCUAUUGCAAGAAGACAGGCCAGGGUGCAUUUACGAACCAAGUCUCCUGAAGCUCUGCAGGGUAGACAACAUGUUGAUGUGCAAACAGAUCUUUACCUUGAAGAACUGAGCAAUGUCAUUGAAGCUACAGACAUUGAUUGUCAGACUGAUGAGUUCCUGGAUAAACCAGCAACUCCGCUCUUCAUUCCUGCCAAAUCUGGGGUAGAUGCUGGAACACAGAUAGAGGAGGGAGAAUUGUUUGACUUUGACCUGGAGGUGCAGCCUGUCUUGGAGGUCCUGGUAGGGAAGACGAUUGAACAGUCCCUGCUGGAGGUGAUGGAGGAGGAGGAGCUGGCCUGCCUGAGGACCCAGCAGAGGAUCUUCCAAGAGCUCCGAAACAAUGAGCUAGCAGAGGUGCAGCGUCUGCAGGAGCAGGAGAGACGCCGUCGAGAGGAGAAAGAGCUUAGAGUUGCCCAACAGAAGGAGGCGCUGAAGAAAGAACGGGAGACUGCAGAGAAGAUCGCCGCCCAGGCAUUCAGCCAGCAGUACUUGGCUGGCCUCCUCCCUUCAGUCUUCACCUCUCUGAGAAACCACGGCUACUUUUAUGACCCUGUGGAGAAAGAUAUUGAGGUUAAUUUCCUCCCGUGGCUCAUGGCUGAGGUCAACGACCAACUAAAGAAGAGAUUCGUUGCAAGAGAACUGCUAGACACCAUCAUCUAUGAGGUCUCUCAGAAAAGACUGGAAGAGUUUAAUCGUCUGGAGACACGUCAAGACAGCUCUGACCCAUGAAAAGACCUGCUGACCAGCAAAUGUUUCCAUCAGAAAUAAAUGUUUUAUUUAUUUCUAUUAACCCAACUCACAA